AUGUCGCGUUCAACUACAGCAACUACGACUUAUACCCUUGUCAAAUACUCGCGCUCCUAUGGACAGCAUAAUGCAAGCGGCGAAAACAAUGAACAAGAGUGGCAGCAUUUCACGAAUCCGGUCAUUCAUCUCGUCGUAGAUGUGAAGAAAACCUCCAAGGGAGACUUGGAGUCAUUCCGUACUCGAAUUUUAUGGUCAUUAGGCUCCGGAAAUGAUUCUAUGGACAUUGACCAACGCGAAAUUGUCUUCGAGGAUCUGGACCUGUUGACUUUCUCUCUUCCGGCCUCUUUGCAACAGCGCCAAAUUACUCCGCAAGGCCUUCCUCUCAAAGCAGUUUAUCGUGAUGCGGUAAUAGGCAUUCGUUAUCUUCACCCGCGCCACAUCCCUUCUGGUGGAACACCGAGCUAUCGACGCUUUCAAGUUACGUUUCAAGCUGCAUCCGAAGCAUCCGCCUUCAUCGACUCUAUCAAAUAUAUAUGUCCCUGUAAGGCGAAUCCCGUACCGGCUCCUGCACGUCUCAUGGCUAGAACCGCUACUACGACGCAAGCAGGCUCCGCUAUUCGGCCUCAGCCAGCUUCAGGACUUUUGACACUCCCCGCUCCGUCGACCACUCCGAGCUCUAUGCGUAUACAGCCACCGGCCACACAGGUAGAAACGUUCAACAAGCCUGGUCUGAUGUCUGCCAAUGUCUCUGAGUACCCCCAUCCUCAGUUCCUCCCCUCUGCUACUGCGCUACCCUUGGAUCAUCCGACCAGUGACCCAACAUACUCUACGGCACGUCUCGCUGCUGCCCCAUCUUCUGCUGUGGCUCCCGCAAUAAAUGUUGUACUGGACCGUAAUUCUCCGAUGGCACCCCCUUCUCUUUCUUCGAAUGUUAUGCCGCCUUCGACGCCAGUCACAGACUCACAAGCGGCGACCGCAACAAACGUGCAACAGCAUGGUCUGUCUCAAGACCUUGUGACGGCUCUUCAGGAAACUGCACCGCUCUAUGAUCUACCUCGGGCUGACUUGGAGGCACUGGUUGCUAGAGUGGUGUGCGAGGAUGGGUUCGCACAACUACUUGAGAACAUUGAUUGCAUGUGGAGGGUCAAAGGUUUUUUAGGGCGCUUCUGACUGUCGCAGCGGCCCCAAGCGGUACUAAGACAUUCUACGAUACGCGAUCGGUCAUAUAUUGGAAUUCUUGUCGACGGAGUGACCCGCAGUGUCACGGUAGUAGGGAAUAGCAACGACGUACAUUUUAACGCAGGCGAUGCUGUCUGAUAUAUAACAAAUAG